AUGCAGGAGGGGAGGGGGAAAUCUACCUACACCCACGAUGAGUUUCUAUGGAGACUGAAGCCAAACCUGCAGGGAGGCCGCAAACCAGGCACAGUGUCGCGGGAAAGAGGAGUCAAACAGGAAAGCCUGGAGAAAAUGCAGAGAGACAUUGUGGGAAAAAGAAGAUACUGCCUCUUUCAGGAACAAAACGACGUCCAUUACGUUUCGUACAAGCGGUUCCGGAGGAGGAUAACCCAGAAGAGAGGCAGCUGUGAGGGUCCUGCUGUUAGUACACCAUUGACCACUGGGGGGAAGUGUGAGCCCAGCUUUGAGUUUGAUACUGUCUGUCAGAGGCUGGAGCUGGACUCUCCUCAGAGAGACCAUGAACAAGAUCACAGAGACCUCCAGGGAAACUUUCAAGAGACAGUGAUAAGAGGAGGCGUGGCCCUCUGUGCAGCCGUGUCAACCACAAUCACACCACACACCAUCACUGCACAUGGGAGUCCUGCCACAAAAAAUGCCCCAGAACAGGGCUGGGUGUGGAGAACUGCAACUGAAGAACAUGAAAACUCUCAACAGGCUGGUAAAGCAUUAGUUGUUUUCUUUCUACACAACUACCAACAAUGCUUCAAGACAAAACUCUGCACUCACUCCUCUGAUGAGAGCCACUGUGACUUGCUGCCGUUUGCUGUUCUGAGGAAAUCUUCUGUAAACCUGAAGGGAGAGGAUGUGAUGAAGAUGGCAGCACCGUCACUACUCAAUGACUACUACUCUAAUCUCCUCGACUGCAGUAGUAAUGGUAUGAUUGCAUUAGCACUGGGCUCUUCUGUUUACCUUUGGAAUUCAGAAACUCAGACUCUGUUGGGGCAUUUGGAGCAGAAUCCACAACCAGGACCACUGUACCUUCAGACACAAUCAGUCUCGUCUCUGAGCUGGAGCAAAGAUGGCAGCUCUCUCUGUAUCGGAACCAGGCAAGGGGAGCUACAGUUGUGGGAUGUUGAACAAAGCCAAAAGAUGAGGUGUCUGUCUUCACACCUGUCUGUGGUCAGAGCUGUUUCCUGGAGGCAGCAGUUAGUCAGCAGCGGCUCUAUCAUUGGACAUAUCCAUCACUUUGACCCUCGGGCUUCUACACCUCUGGUAGGCACAGCGUUUCAAAAAGACGGGAUCUGCAGCCUGCAGUGGUCUCCAGGAGACGACAUGCUGGCCAGCGGCUCCACAGAGGGUCUUCUCUGUAUAUGGGAUAAUGAUGUUGGGGUGUUCACCAUGUCACGCCGGCCGAUUACUGAAAUGAAACAGCCCAGCGCUGUAAAGGCGAUGGGUUGGUGUCCAUGGCAGGGGAAGAUGAUAGCUACAGGAGGAGGAUGGAAAGAUGCAGAGCUGAGGAUCUGGGACACAAACUCAGAAACUUGUGUUAGCUCUGCAAACACAAACUCACAGAUCUGUUCUCUUCAAUGGGCUGAGAAGAAGAGAUAUCUGGUCACAGGUCAUGGUCUUCCUCAUCACCAAGUCACUUGCUGGACUUGGGACUUUCCCUCCCUCAGACCAACUCGCCAGCUGAAAGGUCACUCCCAGCGAGUUCUGCACUUGGCCCUAAAUCCAGAGAGUGCUCAGAUUUUCUCUGCUGGAGCUGACCAAACCUUCAACAUCUGGGACAUUUAA